AUGUCAAUCAGCUCCGGCACGAUUCAGUCGACACUCGGCGGAUUCUCCACUUGCGAGAUAUCCGACGCCCUGAUCAAACUAGGCUCGCCGCACGGUGGAUACAUCCCAGACAUAAACAUGCUCUCCCCAUCCGACCGCAGCGAUCGCAUCUGCGGGCCCGCUUACACGGUCCAGAUGGUUCUUGGUUCCAACAAAGACGCGCCCAAGCUGUCUGCGCAUUUUGUGGACACCGCGUCGGAAGGCUCGGUCAUUGUCAUCAACACGCCAGAACGUGUGAAGAACGCGGUGUGGGGCGGCUUGAUGACCGCCGGAGCCCAGUCGCGGGGCGCCCUCGGCGUGGUUAUCUCUGGUCGAUGCAGGGACCUCGCCGAGCACCGCGAAGCGUCGUUCCCCGUCUUCGCGAGGGGCCACUCUACACUAGGGCAGUCGCCUUUUACUCGCCCAUCGGAGGUCAACGUCCCUCUCGUGAUCCGUUCCCCGGACGUAUCUGAUCAGGAGUUCCCGCCGGUCCGAGUGGAGCCUGGGGACUGGGUAAUUGCGGACGAGGACGGCGUAGUUUGUGUCCCUGCCGAGAAGGCAGAGGAGGUUAUAGGCCUGGCUAUGAAGGGAAGAGAAGUCGAUGCGCGUUGCCUGGAGGAUAUCAAAGCGGGGAAGGGUGUCCAGGAAGCCUUCAAGAAGCAUCGCGGAAAGUAG